GCAGCCGGGCGGAUCCCACGCAGGUGCGGGACCCGGGGAGGUGCGCAAGGUCCGUCCUUGUCUGUGUGUUCUGGAGUCUCCCGCGCCGGUCCGAGGUGGCACAGCUUGUCUGAGGUCCACGCAGACCCCCGCCAUGCUCGCGUCCUGGACCCCUGCUUUUUGCCUCGGUGCGUGGCUGCUGCUGCUGCUGCUGCCCAGGCUUGCGCGCGCCGAAGGGGCCGUUCCCAUCGCCAUCACCUGCUUUACCAGAGGCCUGGAUAUCCGCAAAGAGAAAGCCGAUGUGCUCUGCCCAGGGGGCUGCUCUCUUGAGGAGUUUUCUGUGUUUGGGAACAUAGUGUAUGCUUCGGUGUCCAGCAUCUGUGGGGCUGCUGUCCAUAGGGGAGUGAUUGGUACUUCAGGGGGACCUGUGCGGGUCUAUAGCCUUCCUGGUCGGGAGAACUAUUCCUCAGUAGAAGCCAAUGGCAUCCAGUCCCAGACGCUUUCCCGGUGGUCUGCAUCCUUUGCUGUGACCAAAGGCAAAAGCAGUACCCAGGAAGCCACAGGACGAGCAGUGUCCACAGCUCAUCCACCUGCAGGUAAACGACAAAAGAAAACACCAGAGAAGAAGACUGGCAAUAAAGACUGCAAGGCAGACAUUGCAUUUCUCAUCGAUGGAAGCUUUAAUAUAGGGCAGCGCCGAUUUAAUUUACAGAAAAAUUUUGUUGGGAAAGUGGCGCUAAUGUUGGGAAUUGGAACAGAAGGACCACACGUGGGCCUCGUUCAAGCCAGUGAACAUCCUAAAAUAGAAUUUUACUUGAAAAACUUUACUUCAUCCAAAGAUGUCCUGUUUGCCAUAAAAGAAGUAGGUUUCCGAGGAGGUAAUUCCAACACAGGAAAAGCCUUGAAGCACACUGCUCAGAAAUUCUUUACAGCAGAUGCCGGUGUAAGAAAAGGGAUACCUAAAGUGGUGGUGGUGUUUAUCGACGGCUGGCCUUCUGAUGACAUUGAGGAAGCUGGCAUUGUGGCCAGAGAGUUUGGUGUCAAUGUAUUUAUAGUUUCUGUGGCCAAGCCCAUCCCUGAAGAGCUGGGGAUGGUUCAAGAUGUCGCAUUUGUUGACAAGGCUGUGUGUCGGAACAAUGGCUUCUUCUCUUAUCACAUGCCCAACUGGUUCGGCACUACAAAAUAUGUCAAGCCUCUGGUGCAGAAGCUCUGCACUCACGAGCAGAUGAUGUGCAGCAAGACCUGUUACAACUCAGUGAAUAUCGCCUUCCUGAUUGAUGGCUCCAGCAGUGUUGGAGAUAGCAACUUCCGCCUCAUGCUGGAAUUUGCUUCUAACAUAGCGAAGACAUUUGAAAUCUCGGACAUUGGAGCCAAGAUAGCUGCUGUACAAUUCACUUACGAUCAGCGCACAGAAUUCAGUUUCACUGACUAUAACACCAAAGAGAAUGUUCUAGCUGUCCUAGCGAACAUACGCUAUAUGAGUGGUGGGACAGCUACUGGUGAUGCCAUUUCCUUUACUGUUAGAAAUGUCUUUGGUCCCAUAAGGGACAGCCCCAACAAAAACUUCCUGGUUAUUGUCACAGAUGGGCAAUCCUAUGAUGAUGUUCGAGGCCCUGCUGCAGCGGCCCAUGAUGCAGGUAUUACCAUCUUCUCUGUUGGUGUGGCCUGGGCUCCUCUGGAUGACCUGAAAGAUAUGGCUUCUAAACCCAAAGAGUCACACGCUUUCUUUACCAGAGAGUUCACAGGAUUGGAACCAAUUGUCUCUGAUGUAAUUAGAGGCAUUUGUAGAGAUUUCUUAGAAUCCCAACAAUAACUGAUUAUCAACUGUCAACUCAAAAAAUAAGUGCAAGGGGAUCUAAUAUGCAAGUUAUAUUCUCAAUACCUAAGUAACUUUAUAGUUUACCAGGAUCAGAAAAUAUUUCAGCAGAUGUUUAAAGCAAAUGCACAUUCACUGAGCUCCCGAUUUAGACAGGCUGAGGCUUGAUAACCAGGGUCCUUUGAAUCUCAGGAAAGAAGAAAUGUCAUGGAUUAAAACUGUGGAAUUCAAAUAUGCAUAUUCAAAGUGCGUAUGUGAGCUCCA